UCUCUCUCUCCGUGCUGAACAUUUUGCACAAUAAGCUUGGCUUAGUAAAGUUUCCAAAGACAUUAGCAGGUGAUUCAAUAUGGUUGUUUUCUUCGAAAGAGGAGGGAAGAAGCAGAAAACAUUGCGAAAAUCUAUUCUCAGCUGGAACAGGAGGGCACUUGAAAACGAUCUUAUGUUGGAGUCACCAGGGUCGAUGAACACUCCGAAACAUGUACUCAUCGUGAUGGAUGGGAUGAAAGAGUUCAGAACAGAGCCGCUUGAAUGGGCGCUCGAGAAUGUAAUCAACGCUGGUUCCACGGUCACUCUUCUUGGUGUCAUGCCGUGGCUGAAUAUCCCCCUCUCUUCCAAGACAUGGUUGGAUGUUUGGCCAGUGGGGUUAGAAGAGUUAUCAUUUUUCAAAGAGAGGAACGAGUGGAAGAGUGACAUCAAAUAUCUAAAGCUUCAGAAAGUCGUGGAUCUGUGCAACAAAUAUGGGGUUUUUCCACGGAAGAAAGUUAUAAUGGGUUAUCCCUUACGGCUAAUGGUUGUUGAGGAAAUUACAACCCUUCAUGCGACAUGGGUGGUUUUUGACAGGCACCAAAAAAAUGACAGAAAAUUUUACGCUGGAAAACUUCCCUGUAAUAUGGUGAUGAUGAAUGAAGAUGGGGAGGUUGACAUGAUUAAAGGCCGGUCGAUGAUCGAAAAUAUGGACAGCGCUGUAGAAGAGUCACUAGCAUCUUCGCUACCUACUCCGCAGAUCCUGAUUUCCGACCACUUGAAGGAAAUUCUUAAGAAACAAGCACAAGAUCAAGACCCCUAGGAAAAGGAUCAAGGUGGGAAGGACCUGAAAUAAUGAACUAGGAAGGCAGAAACUAAGACAGGAUAGAGAUGCAAUAAUAAGUACUUGGGGGAGUAACUUGGCCAUUUUUUUUUUUUUCCUUCUUUUAUUUGUCUUGAGAGUCAAGCUAUCAAAUUAAUCUUUUUACGUUCGGCAAACGUAUUACCAAGAUAAUUUCUGAUGGAAUAUGAAUUUGCUAUCUAUAUCAUUACCACAGUAAACAGCUUUCGC